AUGAGCGCCGUCUCUUUCAGUUCCCUUUUUUGGCACAGUGACCACUCUUGGAACCACCCCAAGGAGUUUGGAAGGGGGAGAAAGCAACAAGAUGGGAAGCUACUUGUGAGGUGUUCCAGCAAGAGUGGGAGCCCAUCUUCACAAAAUGCGGUUCGUGUUGGUGUUCUUGGAGCUAGUGGCUACACUGGUUCUGAGGUUUUGCGACACUUGGCGAAUCAUCCACAAUUUGGGAUUGCACUGAUGACUGCUGAUAGGAAAGCCGGGCAGCCAAUCUCUUCUGUAUUCCCACAUUUGAGCACUCGGGACUUGCCAGAUUUGAUUGCAAUAAAGGAUGCGAACUUUUCUGAUGUGGAUGCUGUAUUCUGUUGUUUGCCUCAUGGGACUACUCAGGAAAUAAUUAAAGGCCUACCAAAUCACUUGAAGAUUGUUGAUCUUUCUGCAGAUUUUCGUCUGAAAGAUCUUUCUGAGUAUGAAGAGUGGUAUGGUCAGCCGCAUAGAGCACCAGAUUUACAGAAAGAAGCUGUAUAUGGAUUGACAGAGGUUUUAAGGGAUGAAAUAAAGAAUGCACGUCUAGUUGCCAAUCCUGGCUGUUAUCCAACUUCUGUUCAACUUCCCCUUGUCCCACUGAUAAAGGCUAGUCUAGUUGAGGUUAAAAAUAUUAUCAUUGAUGCUAAAUCUGGUGUUAGUGGAGCAGGGCGUAGUGCCAAAGAAAAUUUAUUGUUCACUGAAGUAACUGAAGGUCUCAAUUCUUAUGGUGUUACCCGUCAUCGCCAUGUUCCUGAAAUAGAACAGGGACUUGCUGAUGCUGCAGGUUCAAAAGUAACUGUGAGUUUUACACCACACCUAAUUCCAAUGAGUCGUGGUAUGCAGUCAACUAUUUAUGUGGAAAUGCCUCCCGGAGUGAGAAUUGAGGACCUGUACCAACAACUGAAGCUCUCAUAUGAGGAUGAAGAAUUUGUUGUGGUGUUGGAAAAUGGAGUCAUUCCUCGAACUCACAGUGUGAAAGGGACUAAUUACUGUUUAAUCAAUGUUUUUCCGGAUCGAAUUCCAGGAAGAGCAAUCAUUAUAUCUGUUAUUGAUAAUUUAGUGAAGGGAGCUUCAGGUCAAGCUUUACAAAACCUUAACUUGAUAAUGGGAUUUCCAGAAAAUUUGGGACUUCAUUAUCUGCCACUUUUUCCUUAG